GGCAUCAACAUACCUGACAUUUCCGUCUACUUUAGACCAAACCUUCUUUCCUAAGCCCGGGCAAAGUUUCAACAUGCCACCUCCACGUAAACUCAAUCCACAGAGUGUUUGGGACACGAAUGCGGUGCUAGCGGCGUUUGAGGAGGAGAACAUCAAGCCUAUGCACGCCCUGCGUAUGUGGGGCUGGCUGAUCCGCAACCCCUCCGCUACCUGGCACGAUGUGCCCGACAUGCCCAAGGCGGCCGUGGCGCUGCUGGACAAGUACUUUGUGAAGUUCACAACAAAGGUGGUCAAGUGCCAGAACAGCUCGGACGGCAGCACCACCAAGCUGCUGGUGGAGCUGCAGGACGGCAUGCAGGUGGAGGCGGUGGUCAUGACCUACGAGUCGCCCAGCCGUGACCCGCAGCUCCUGGCGGCGGGUGGACCCGAGGUGGACCCGCACCUGCCUGUGGACCACAGCACCGGCCGCGAUGAGGACGGCGCAGGAGCGGCGGCGGCGGCGGCGGCGGCGGCAGGGGCAGGCCAGGAGCAGCACUUGGAGCGGCCGGCGGCGGUGCGAGCAGCGGGCGGUGACGGCGAGGAGGACGACGAGGAGGAGGAGGCGGAGGCGUCUUCCAGUGCGCCGUCGGUGACGGCGGCGGGCGCGGCGGCGGCGGCGGCGGCGCGGGCGCGCAAGCGCUCCACGCUGUGCGUGUCGAGCCAAGUGGGCUGCCAGAUGGGGUGCACGUUCUGCGCGACAGGCACCAUGGGCCUCAAGGGGCACCUGAACGCGGGCGAGAUUGUGGAGCAGCUGGUGCAUGCGCGGGCGGUGGCGCGCAUCCGGAACGUGGUGUUCAUGGGUAUGGGCGAGCCGCUCAACAACUACGAGGCGGUUCGCGGCGCAGUGGCCAUGAUGACCGACUCCAAGUACUUUGGGCUGCGGCGGCGGCACGUGACGGUGUCCACGGUGGGCGUCAUCCCGCGCAUCAAGCAGCUGGCGGAGGACCUGCCGGGCGUGAGCCUAGCGCUGUCGCUGCACGCGCCCACCCAGGAGCUGCGGCUGCAGAUCGUGCCGUCCGCACGUGCCUACAAGCUGGACAAACUCAUGGAGGCCGUGCGGUCAUACCAGGCCAACUCGAGCCAGCGUGUGUUCUACGAGUACGUGAUGCUGUCGGGCGUCAACGACGGCGAGGAGCAGGCGCACCAGUUGGGGCAGCUGCUCAAGGGUGACGACGUGGUGAUCAACCUCAUCCCCUGGAACCCCAUCUACCAGCCCGAGGGGCCCUUCUUCGAGGCGCCGCGGGACGGCAGCGUGGGCACCUUCCAGUCCAUCCUGCGGCACCAGUACGGGCUGCACACCACCAUCCGCCAGGAGAUGGGGCAGGACAUCUCGGGCGCGUGCGGGCAGCUGGUGAUUGAGACCAGCGGCGCGGGAGGCUGCAGCAAGGAGGCGACCAAGGACAUCGAGGACUCGGUGCGCAAGGUGAACCUGAACGGCCCCGUGGCGUGAGGCAUGGGUGCUGUUGCGGCGUGUGUGGGGGGGGGCGUAAGGAAGGGAGGGGGCGGCUGAGAAGGCGGCAAGAGCUGUGCCGCGAGGGGGGCCGUGGGGCAGUGCAGCCCUGUGUCUAGGGAGGAGCUAAGAUUUGGUUUACAGAUUAGGGCAUCAUGGCGUGUGUGUUAUGAGUAUGUGUGUGUUGCAUGCAGCAGUGAGAGCGUGUUAAAGAGUUCGUAUUCGAAGUGGCAUCUAGUGGGUCCAGGGCAGGGUCGAUUGUUGACCUUGAACAGGAGCUGAUCCAUAGAUGUUUUGCUGUCUGGGCGCGGUGGUGACGUUAUGACACAGAGUUUGGAAGCUUACGUGAUGGUGACGGGGUUGGACUUCGACAAUGAGUAGGACUGAAAGUAAUGAGGCCAGCGGCACGGUGCGGCCGUGCGGGAGUGCGUUUUGAUCCUGUGACGAGGGGCUGGGUGCACGAGGUGGCAUCACAAGCAUGGUGUAAAACCAUAUAUGG